AUGAUUGGCCGCAGGAGCGCCAACACCACCCGGCCGCCGUCCCGCGCCCAAGCUCCUCCGCCCCGAGCCCUCCGCUCCGCCGUGCCUCCUCCCUUCUGCAAGCUUCCUCCCAUGGCGCCGCCUUGCCUCCAUGGCCGCCGCGCCGCGCCCCGCCUCACAGCUUCGGCCUCGCCAAGCUCGCCUGUCCCCGUCGUCCUUCUCCGUCGCGACGCCUCCCCUUCUCCUGCUGCCGGCCAAGUCUCGGCCCCAAGCUGCCGCGCCUCCACGCCGUCAUCCGCAUCCCCAGUCUCCUCGCCGGUGGCUUGCAGUUACAGCAGACCCCGUGGACGCCUCUGCUCCAUCGCCUCCUUGCUGCUGCCCGAGCCCCAAGUCCGUCGGUCUGCCUCCGCUGUGGACUGGCAGGAAUGGGACCCCGGCGACCUCCCGCGCCCGGUUUCAGCAAGUUCGACGCCGAGCGCGCCUGAGAUGCUCUUCCUCCCGCGGGCCUCCUCUGCGCGCCAAGUCCCUCGAAGAACGUUUGUUGCUGCCUUGUUUUGGUUCGCCAAGCGCCGCACCGGAACAUCCUCAAGGCAUAUUUCCUUCAUCAAGAGGUGUUGCGGCGCCGACGAAGAGGUCAUUGCCGCUGAGCGCGUGGUGGCAAACGGCGAAGAAGGGGUUGCAGGCCUCCUCGAAGCCGCCAAGAAGGAACAUGAGCUCACGGUGGCGCUGCGCAAGUCCGCCGUCAAGCAUUAG